AUGGCAACCGAGACCAAUGGUCCCGUCAUCAUCGGCGUGACGUGGAUGUUGUUCGUUCUCUGCAGUGCUUUUCUCGCUGUGAGAAUAUACGCAAAGAUCAGUCGUCGGCAAGGACUGUGGUGGGAUGACCACAUUCUGAUCUUCUCAUGGGCCAUGCUCGCCAUCGAAUCGAUCCUUACGCAGACUGGCUAUGAACGGGGAUUUGGGAGACAUGUCUACGACAUGGAGCCUGAGAACAUUUCGAGAGUCGCCCUAUACACUUCGAUUGCGGCUUCGAUAUCUUGCUUUGCGAGCACCGGUAGCAAAAUCUCGUUCGGCGUCACCCUGCUGCGCCUUACUCACGGCUGGUGGAGACGUUUUGUCUGGUUCUCCGUCAUCUCCCUUUUCCUCGUCAUGCUGCCGUCGGCCAUCUUCACCUGGGUUCAAUGUUCGCCGUCAGAGAAAGCUUGGAACUCGGCGAUUCCAGGAACGUGCUGGGACCCAUCGAUCACAGUCAAUUACGGUAUCUUCAACGCGGCAUACUGUACAGUGAUAGACUUUGCGCUGGCCCUCAUCCCAUGGAAGCUUAUUUCCGGCCUCCAAAUGAAGACAAGGGAGAAGAUCGGUGUUUCCAUCGCCAUGAGCAUGGGUAUUCUAUCCGGUGUGUGCGCUAUCGUGAAGGGUGUCUAUAUCGUCCAGCUGCGGCAGCAGGACUUCUUCUACAAUGGUAAAGAUGUGACAAUCUGGACCGCCACGGAAACCGCUGUGGCCAUCAUCGGUGCCUCCAUCCCCGUGCUCCGAGUCCUUUUCAAGGAGAAGAUGUCGACUCGCGGCUAUAACAAGGAGUCCGAAAGAUAUGGUAUGCCGCUGUCCACCGUGGGUGGCACCAAGAGGACCAUUGGGGGAGCCAGGAUGGACGGAGGGGGAGACCUCAAGUCCAGCUCACACGGCUGGUCGACAUCUAUUGUUGCGAAAGGCGACAACGACAGCGACCGCAGUAUCUUGGGCGACGAUAACGUUCCGACCAAUACGGGCAUCAUGCAGACCAACGAAUAUGUCAUUGACUUCCACCAGGCCAACCAGCACCCGUCGGGACCUCGCUCGCCGGUAUAG